AUGUACAAAGUGGUCUUUGCGUGGGCCGUCGUGGCCUUGAUCGCCACGGCCCGGGCGGAUGGUGAAAACUGCCCGGAUGUUCAUCAGAUCAAGAAUGGCAACGGCGUCUGCGUCUGUAAAGAAGGCUUUUCUCCCGUGAACGGCAACACCGCCUGCACGCUUCGCAGCGAGAUCUUUACCGUUGCCGCCAGCUCGGACCCGGCAGACAAGGCGGUCGUUUUGCAAGCUGGCAACGUGACACUCCGCACUUAUGAUAUGGCGACCAAGUCGGUCAAGGACAUCAACCUCUUGCGCACCCUCGAAGAUUUGUCCCUCGGCCAUGGGGAGCACGGUUCCACCCUUGAUCAACUCAUGGAGGAUCUGGCCACCAAGGCCGAUGCCUCUGAUGUCAACGAUCGCUUCAACAACAUGAAUGCCACCCUUCAGGGCGCCGUGAACGACCUCACCACCCUGCAAUCCACCUCGACGACCCAGGGUAACACGUUGCAAACGGCCGUCCAGACUCUGGCCGAUCUCACCGACGCCACGACCAACACCGACAACACUGAUUCCCUGGCCGCCAAACUCACGGCCCUCAAUGAUCAGGUCCAGAAUGAUGUGGCUGCUCAGGUUGAUCUCGACGCCAUCUCUGCCGUCGUUGAUUCGUUGGAGGCCGAGAGUGACAACUUUAUCACAAAGUCCAACUUGCACCGCUUUCUCCCCGGCACCAUUCAAGUCACCAACUCGACUGGCCCCUGCGAUGAGUCGGCCUUGGGUAUUGUGCGCGGCAACAACCAAACCCAACAAUAUGAGACCUGCCGUCGCGCUGACACUUGGGACGGCACCGUUUACUUUUGGCAUCCCCGGGGUCUGCCCGAGUUUUGCGUGAGUGGUGAUGCUCUUCAAGGCACCUGUACCCAAUGCAUCGAGGGCUAUGUCGCCACCCAGGCCCCCAAAGCCCCUUGCCAGAUUCAGGCCGACCUCCUUCAUCUCGCCUUUGACAACAACCUGUGGGAUCUCUCCCCCAAUGCCCGCAACAUGCUCUUUUACGGCACCACGCCCGAAACCCUUUUCAGCCGCACGGGCCUGGACGGCUCCCCUGCGCUCUCGCUCCGCGGCUCGGACCAACACCUGCGGGCCCCACCUAGCUCCAUUGGUGGUGCCUUUUCCGUUUGUGUGGACGUCUCUUAUGACGCGUUCGGCUUCUACUCUCGUAUCUUUGACUGGAGCUCCAACCCCGAAGGCGAGCGCAACGGCGGCAACAACAACUUUCUCAUGCUCAACCGAGAGUCUUCGGCCACUUUCUUGUUUGAGAUUUAUUCUGGUCCAAAUGUUGUUAGUCAGCUUGACUACGACAACUUUUUCGAGUUGGGUGUCUGGGCACACGUUUGCGUCACUGCCAACGCGGCGGGCCAUUUUACGUUGUACAAGAACGGCGUCAACCUUAAGUCGAUCGAUGCCACCCCUUUGCCCUAUCUCCGCCGCACUUCCAACUAUAUUGGCCGUUCCAGCUUUGCCAAUGACCCCGACUUUGAUGGCGCUAUGGACAACUUGCGCAUGUGGUCUCGCGAAUUGACGUCGGAGCAGGUGUCGGAUAUCUUCCUUGAGUCGCAAGGGGUGCAGCGCGUGGCAUACUCUGGUGACACGGAUGCACUGUUGCUUCACUACAAGUUUGAGGGCAACUUGCAAGAUUCAUCGGCCUUUGGCAACGAUGGUGUCGCCCUGAAUCAUCAUGCAGUCAAUCUAUAUCAGCUCAACUCACCAGAGGGCAACAGCUCCUUGUACUUGGACGGCGACAACGACUAUGUUCUUGCACCACCCCUAACCUUUAACAAUGCCCUGACGGUCUGCGCUUGGGUCCGCUACCGUGAGCUCAACGCCUGGAGCCGCGUGGCUGACUUUAACAACGGUGGCCCGGAUAGCAUUUUCAUUGGCAAUCCAGGUCAAUCCUCGGAUCUUGAGUUUACCUUCUUGGACAAUGUCAACGGCAAUUCGCCGCUUGCUGUUGCGGGUGGUUUCAACUGGGCGUACGGUGGCUUCCAGCACUACUGUUUCACCAACGAGGGCGCUGUCUCCAUCGUCUACCGCCAGGGCCAAGAGGUUGGCCGCAAGACAAAUGUCAACGCUCGUGCAGAGAACAAGGAGUAUCACAAUAUCUUCAUCGGGCGCUCGGCUUGGGGUGCUGAUGGCUACCUCGGCGCCAACCUGGACGACUACCGUGUGUACAACUACGCUCUGUCGCCCGAGGCUGUGCACGACAUGCUCUGCCAGGGUCGUGCGGAUUUAGAUUGUGUGGGGCUUGCUGGUCAUUGGAAGUUUGAUGGCGAUGUGCGCGACGCCAGCGGCAACGAAUGGCAUGGCGAGCUGGUGCCUUUGAGCUUUGACGUGAAAGAUCAUUUUUUGGAGACGACGGACGUGGCCAUUGGAUCGGGCGCCCUGGCUCUGGUCGGCAACGGCAGCUGGGUGCAGCUGCCCGCGCGUAACUUUGGUGGUGAUUUCACGGUCUGCACCUGGGUCCAAACUCGCAGCAACGGGCCUUGGGAGCGAUUUGCAGACUUUGGCGUGGCUGACAACAGCCAACGUUUCUUUAUCGGACGUUCUUUUGGCGAUCAGGCGAUUCGCUUCAGCAUCAAAAACGGCGAAACGGCUGCCUUUGUCAUUGCCGAUCUGCCCGAGGGCAAGGCCAAUGAGUUUGUCCACAUGUGUGCCAUGAGCAACUCUACAGGUGGCUACAUUUUCUUCGAUGGCGAGAUGGCCGGCAGCAACGUGGGCAUGGUCCAGCUGCCCUUUAUUUGGGCUGAUGUCAACUACAUUGGCAAAUCUGCAGUGUCCAACAACGAUGCUCCUUUGGACGCCGUCCUGGACGACAUGCGUGUGUACACGUACGCGCUGUCGCAGGGCGAGAUUGCUCAACUGGCCGGCAUGACCUCUGCCUAA